ACAUUGUUCCUGGUAACAAGGUUUCAGUGCUGCCCGAUGCUCCAGAAGUUGCAUCGAUUCCAGAAAACCAGGAAAAUGUUGUGCCAUCUGUAGACUUCAGAGGUGAACCAGGUUUCUCUCCAGAAAUUCAGACUCCACUUCACAGAGCCAAGAGUUUGAGUACAAGACACUUGACUGGUUACUCGCCGCAGCAGUUUCUGGAUGAAAGGUGUCGAGCUCGUCAAGUACUAAGCUUUACACCCCCAGCAGCAAAUUUACCCUGGCAGCAUAUGGGUGAAAACGCUGGAGGAGAAAGUCAUCGCUCUGUAAUUGGCCCUUGGACUCCCCUGGCAUCUUGUGUACAGCAUGAAGUUUUCAGCUAUGAAGAUUUCCAGAGAUUCCAGAAUGAAAAACAAGCCGUGAUGGAGGAGAACCAAGCCCUUAGGGAGGAGAACCAAGCUCUGAGGGAGGAGAACCAAGCUCUGAGGGAAAGCACUGCACGAGCAGCUUCGGAUGACAGCGGCUCACUUCAAGAGCAGGUGAAGCAAGUUGGGACAAUGUUGAAGACGUUUGCUCGCACUGGGCAAUCAGGUGCAGAUCAGACCUUAAUGCUGCGACGUCUUGGAGAGUUUGGCGAUGUUGUGCGUAGCAUGGACAACAAAAUGGACACUAUGCUGCAACAUUUCAGUGCCAAUGUGUCUGUUGGAGAGUUAUCCCUGCCAGGGGAUCGGUUACUCCCCCUAGACACCCAGGAAGAUUUGGCGUUGCUUGACAACAGUUUGAGGCAGGAUAAAGAGCUCCAGGAACGAUUUCUUCGGUUUUUGGCAAUCAAAUGUGGGAGGGACCUAAAGACAACCGUCUGGCGGAUGCUUCAAAGUAUCUUCUCUAAUCACCUUUCCAUCAAUACAACCUGGACUGGAGUUGGGGAUAAAGCAUGUUUUAGAGACAUGUUCCUGAAGACCAUUGUUCAAAGAGCCAUCCGGAAGAACCCGGCAACACAGGAUGCCACUGAUGAAGCCAUCCAGGUUAACGUUACGCGUUACCUGAAAGGAGCAUCUGACCGUGAAGGCGGAAAAAGGCGCCGCACAGCUGAGAGGGACCCACAGCCGACCCCUUAAACCUAGGCUGACUACUGACAUCCCAGCAUCACUGACAACUGGAACCCUUUCUUUAUCCUGCAGUCAGUAACAUCAAGACCCCUAAAGAAGCCAGAAGUGUCAGACUGCACUGCCCAAUCCACACUGUUCACUGUGGAUAUUAUCAUAGUGCUUAACUUAUUAUAUUGUUAAAUAUAGCUUGUAAAUCCUUGUGCCACAGGUCAGCAUUGCAGUUAUAUCUGUUCUACUACUUUUUUUACCUCAGUAUUUUUUAUAUAUAUUUGAAGAUGUUUAUCACAGAUACAAGAGACAUCUUGUACCCCAGGUCAGCAAUGCCAUUAUAAUGGUCUAUUCUACUCCAGAGCUUUAUUCUAAAUUAUUACCACUUAUCUUAUUGUUAGAAAUGGCUUGUAAAUGUGAUGUUAUACCUGAAUUUUUUUUGGUGUCCUGCACAUUCUUUGGUACCAGAUAUACUCAUUACUUAUGUUUACUGGUAAUUCUUUUCAUGCCAGAGCUGACCUCUUUAUAUUAUUAACAAUUAUUGUAAGUGUUAUAAUUUGCUUGUAAGCUAAGGCUGUUUUUUUUUUUUUAACAAUUUAAUUGGAAACCUGCAUGUGUGUGUGUGUGUAUUUAUUUAUUUUUUUUCUCUUUUUUUCUGUUAUUUAUAUUUCAGGGAUCUGACAUCAUGUUUCAAUGACAGUUACUGUACUUUGAAAUGUGGAAUUAAAAC